AUGUCCGCCAGCCACCAAGCCGCCGUCCUCCUCCAAAAGGGCGAGCGGCUCACUCUACAGACGCUCGAAACGCCCCAGCCCGGUCCCAAGGAACUGCUCGUUUCGGUCAACGCCAUCGCGUUGAACCCGGUCGACUACUAUAUGCGAGACAUGGGAGCCUUCGUCAAGGGCUACCCGGCAAUCAUUGGCUCUGACAUCGCCGGCACCGUUGAGGCUCUAGGGUCUUCGAUCCCGCCUUCCGCGGCGACACUGUUCAUGCCCGGCACCCGUGUGUUGGCCUUUGCCCCAGCCUUCUUUUACCAAGGGGAACCACCCUACGGCGGGUUCCAGAAGAAAGUCGUCGUCCCCGUCGAGAACGCCUGCGUGAUCCCGGACACGCUGAGCUUCGUCGGCGCCGCCACGCUGCCCAUGGGCGUUGUCACCGCCUGGAGCGGAUGGACCAGCAUCGGGCUGCGCUACGACACCCACUUCAGCGCCUCGGACAAGCAGGGCGUCCUGGUCUGGGGCGCGUCCAGCUCCGUGGGCGUGUGCGCCGUGCAGACGGCCAAAGCACUCGGCUUCACCGUCUACGCGACAUGCAGCCCCAAACACCACGGGUAUCUUCGCUCCCUCGGCGCUGAGCGAGUCUUCGACUACCAUGCGGCCACCGUGGUGCAGGACAUCCUGGCCGCGGCCAAGGAGGACGGCGUGGCGUUGAAGACGGCGUACCGCGCUAUCGGCGACAUCCAACCGUGCCUGGACGUCCUCGCAGCGUCCAGCACCGCGGAGGAAAAGGGUAAGCUCGCCAGCGCCAUCCCUGUCAACGAGGCCACGCCCACGCACCCCAAUGUCGAAACCAAGUUCGUCAUGGCCCCCGAAGGUUCCGGCGCCGGCGGCCGGCACUUUGAGUUCGUAAUGCAGGAGUGGCUGGCCCCGCGACUGGCGAGUGGCGCCUUCACUCCGGCGCCUGAAGCGAGGGUCAUGCCUGGCGGGCUUGCCGGGCUGAAUGAUGCGUUGGACGUGUUGAAGGAAGGGGUCAGUUGUCAGAAACUUGUUCUGGAGGUGUAA